UAUUGAGCUCCAUUUUAUGUGUGCAAACACAGUAGAUUUCUUCGUCUUCUUCCUUCUUCGUCUUCUUCCUCCCCAUUUUACUGCAAUGCAACCCAACCUCGACAGUUCGCCGCCGCCGCCAUGGUGAGCCGCCUCCUUCAUGCUGGGUCAUCAACCAGAAAGACCCUCCUUACCUUCCAUUCAUGCGUAUUCCCCAAAGUGUUCUCCACCGCCUGCAGGAAAAGCCAGUUUCCACCGCCGCCGGUGGCCAAGAAGGUUCCUUUCGCUGCAACCGCGCAUGGGUUGACGUGGAAAGACCCGUACCGUUGGAUGUCCAACACCAGCGACCCGGAUUUCAUCAGCUACAUAAACCAAGAGAACUCCUACGCCGAUGCAUUUAUGCGAGACACCUUACAACUGCACAACACACUUUAUUCCGAGAUGGUUUCCAGAUUGCCCCCCGAUAUCACCACCCCUCCUGAACGUUGGGGUCCCUGGUUGUAUUACCAGUGCAUUCCCGAGGGGAAGGAGUAUCCCAUCUUAUAUAGGAAACCGGCAGUUGAGAGAAAGGGUUGGGCAGAAAUGAUUUUCAGUUCCUCCAGAGGAGUAUUUGGCCGGGAACAAGUGUUGCUCGACUGGAAUGAGAUUGCAGAAAAACAUGGAUAUGUCCAUGUGAAUACCUGCAGAGUAUCACCAGACCACAGGUUUCUUGCAUAUACAGUUGACACUAAAGGUGACGAACAAUUUCAGCUUCAUAUAAAGGACCUCAGCAAUGAUUCCAUUCUUCCCCAACCUAGAAUUGCAGGUGUUGUUAGUCUGGCUUGGGCCCAGGAUAGCUCCACUCUAUUUUAUACAUUAUGUGACCAAAACCUACGGCCUUACAGGGUAUUGUGCACCGAAUUGGGAUCACAUUUCGGGGAUGAUGCCGUAAUACUCACUGAAAACGAUUCCCGCUUCUGUUUAGAUAUUGCAAGUACGAAAGAUGGCAAUUUUAUAACAGUGAAUUCUAAUUCAAGAACAUCAUCUGAGGAAAGAACUAUUGUUUGGUUCAUUAAUGCGAGCAAUCCGCAUACUGGGCUACAAAGGUUUUGUCGUCGUGUCUGUGGAGUUCAGUACUUUCUGGAGCAUCAUCGUGGCAUUUUUUAUGUCCUUACUAAUGCUCCUACGAGUAAACAUAAGAAUUUAUCUGAAAUUGGAUUAUAUUUAGCCAGAUGCAGAGUUGAGGAUGCACAGUCAGCUAAUUUGAAGGAUAUCUUCAUUCCCGGUGAUGAUAUUUGUUUAUGGGAUAUGGAUAUUUUCAACGGGCACCUAGUCCUCUUCCUUACCAAAAAUGCCUUGGCUUCAGCAUGUUCUAUCAACAUGCCUAUUGAUUUUGACCAUGAGGAAAUGGAGUUUGAUGAUCUCGAUCCUUGGUUUUUUCCUCUGCCCUCCGACAUGUGUAUAAUCAAACCAGGUCCAAAUAAUGACUUCAUGAACACUGUAUACCGUGCUGUCCUAUCAUCACCUGUGUCACCUGAUUUAACUGUCGACUAUGAUAUGUCGAGAAGAACCUUCUCCAUCGUUCACCAGGAAGAUGUGAAAAACUCUUCAGCUGAUGUGCAGGACAAUGGAAGUGCCGGGUGGAAGGAUAUCUUUGAGAAAUAUUCUCGUAAAGAUGAGGAAGUGAUUUCCCAUAAUGGUGUCCGAAUCCCAACGACGACCACAGACGUGCAUAAAAAUGGAAGUGUUUGGUGGAAGGAUUACUCUGAGAAAUAUUCUUGUGAAAUGAAGGAAGUGACUUCCCAUGAUGGUGUCAGGAUCCCAAUGACCAUCCUUUACUCUCGGGCUGCAUUUCGAGUGGGUCAAUCUCCUGGGCUUCUUCAUGGAUAUGGUGCCUAUGGUGAAGAUUUGGAUAAAAGCUGGUGUCCAGACCAGUUAAGCUUACUCGAUCGAGGUUGGCUCUUGGCAUUCACUGAUGUAAGGGGUGGUGCUGGUCCUGAUCCUUCGUGGCAUGCUCGUGGUCGUGGAUCGAACAAGAUGAACUCCAUACAAGAUUUUGUCUUCUGUGCUCAAUCUCUGAUCAACGAUGGCUUGAUCCAUAAAAAUCAGUUGAGUGCUCUGGGCAUGAGUGCUGGGUGUUUACUUGUCGGGGCAGCUGUCAACAUGCAUCCACAACUGUUUCGUGCUGCCAUUCUCAAGGUCCCUUUCCUUGAUGUUCUUAACUCGCUACUGGAUCCAAGUUUACCUCUUACUACAUUGGAUUACGAAGAAUUUGGAAAUCCUCAAAUUCAAUCGUGCUUCGAAGACAUUCUCAAGUACUCUCCUUAUGACAAUAUUCCUGAGGGAGCUUGCUGUCCUUCAAUGCUUGUUUCAGCCUCGUUCAACGAUUCCCGGGUUGGUGUUUGGGAAGCUGCAAAAUGGGUGGCCAAGCUACGCGACACGACAUGUCCGAGCUGCUCGUCUGCAGUCAUCCUGCAGACGAGCAUGAACGAAGGGCAUUUUGGUGUGGGUGGCCGUUUCUCUAGUUGUUGGGAAAAAGCUUAUGAUUAUGCUUUCCUAAUUAAGAAUACGAGUAAAAAGUUUGAAUCUCACCAAUGCCUUUUACAUUAGCUAUUCAAACCCAUUUUGCUCAUUGUUUUUGCCGAUCUUUUUAGUUCGACUACUAAUAAAUAGCAGUUGCCGGUAA